AUGUUCGAGCUCGUGCCCAAGUCCCUUACCGACAAGCUCAGCUCUUCGGCCUGGAUCUCAACCCACAGACGCGACUGGAGCAGCGACUCCUCGGGCAGCAGUUUGCUGAGCCCUGGUGGGUCGCCACGGCUGCGCGAGGGUCACGGACGACAUCCGGGCCAUUCGAGAUUCAAGCCCAGGAGAGCAUUAUGGACGGCAGGCGCGAUCGCAUUCCUGACGGUCCUCGCGCUUUGGUGGUCGCUCUCCCCUGCGCGCAUCGAUCGACGCCUUGAGAUUCCUGAACCUGAUGUUGACCAAGGAGACGGAGCGGACGCGAUAGUCCCAGAUGGACCAAUCCCGCCGGGUCAGUCAGUGGAGCGGAAUGGCAGAGAAGUCUUCUGGUGGGAGCAGUUUCCGAGACUCCACGGCUUCUAUCGUGGGCGCAAGAACAUAGUCCCUUUCUCCGCGUACGUGCCUGAGCAGAAGACCAGCUCAUUCGACCCCUUUGAUCCUGGCGACCAUGACGAACCCCGGCUUCUCGAGCUCGUGUCGCCCUUGCCGCCGAAUUUCGGACGAUGCUAUUUAGACGAGGAGAGAAUGGUCCCCCCACCCACAAUAUCCGCGUAUCAAGGCCUACCGCAGGGCUUGUCCUCACCUUUGUUCGGAUCCCAAAAAGAGCUUGGUUUAAAUGACGGGGUCUGUUAUGACCGCGUCAAUCGGCUGGCACCAUACGGCAUAGGAGUCGCUGAAGAACUCGGUGGGCUGGGCACAGACUUGAAAGGCGAUAAUAUUGGUCUGCAAGAGGUGGCCGUGACUGACUGGAGAGGCGUGAGAUGGCACGAUGCGCAAACGAAAUGCUUUCAAAAGAAUUCUGGCCAAAUCACAUCGCGGAGCGCCCUUGUCUUCCGCACCUGGAGCACAUUCAAAUACACGAAAUAUCAUAUCGCUAUGAUCCGGGCCAUUAUUAGCGAACUUGCGUUGGCAACGGGAGGACAAUAUACAGUCCAUUUCCUGAUUCACGUCCAGGAUGAUACGAUUCCGAUCUGGGCCUCCGCGGAACUGUACAACAAGGUUCUGAGAGACAGUCUGCCAGAAGAGUUCGCCGGAAUGGGCACGCUUUGGUCCGUGGCACAGAUGAAGUUGAUCUAUCCACCACCAUUUCCUGACAGCCUUGUGAAUUUCUCGGGCGGCGACAUCUACGAAGCAUAUCGGUCAUUGCACUUUCCGCUGCAAAUUUUCGCAGAGAGACAUCCUGAGUACGACUAUUUCUGGCAAUGGGAGAUGGACAUGAGAGUUACUGGACACUAUCACGAGUUGCUAUCUCAAAUCUCGUCUUGGGCGGAACAGCAACCCCAAGAUCAUGCCUGGGAACGGUCGGCGAGAUUCUAUAUCCCGUCGUUAUAUGACGAUUCUUACGAGCGCUAUGCACAAGCUGUCGUCGAGGAGACGAGAGCUGCGAACCAAACGCCAAUCGUUGGCCCUCAAAUACCUACUGAGCGACUUCUCGACAUUCCACAACAGACCAUCUCCGACCACACCGACGAAAUCACCGAUCUUAUCACUUUCAAUCCACUCUUCAAUCCGGAAAACACCCGCUGGGCCUUCCAUAACGAUAUAACAGGCUACAACGUGACGCGCGACGGCCGGCCUCCAACACGUGCCGCUUUGAUUACCGCCUCCCGCAUGUCCCGUCGGCUUUUGCUGCUCAUGCACGAAGAGACAUACGCCAAAAAACAUACCAUGUUCCCCGAGAUGUUCCCCGCGUCGAUCGCACUGCAUUACGGGCUCAAAGCAGUCUACGCACCAAUUCCAGUCUACUUUGACCGGAACUGGCCCAGUGCCCAUGCGGACGAGAUCUUCAAUAAUGCUCCCGUCAGCUUGGCGGAUGAGAAAGCGGGUAUGGACCACGGACACGGAUACUUCCAUGGUGAAGGCGGCAGCGUGUUCGGGCCUGGCGAGCACGUCUUCAGGGGUGCCACGUAUUAUUCCAAUGCUGGUUUCGCGGGCUAUCUUUGGAGGAGAUGGCUUGGGAGGGAGAACGGCAAUGAUGAGAUCAAUUGGGAGUUAGAGGAUGGGCUGGGUGGAGGCAGGAUGUGUCUCCCGAACAUGAUCUUGCACCCAGUCAAGUUUGAGUAA